AUGACAGCCUACUAUCACGUUACCAGCAGAAGUGGGUUGAAGGAACACCCUACAAUGACUCCACAGGAAAUUCACUGUUGUACAGUUUCUGAGGGGACGAGGAGUAAUAUCUUGGAACUCCUGUCAGAACGCCGGCGAGGCCGUCAUGAUGAGGUGGUGACCUCAAUGUAUCAUGAGCUUGCCUGCGUUGGCAGGGAGAUGGAACCCUUUGUUUUGGAGGCUGGACAACAACUUCUGACAAAACUGGUUGAAUCUGAUAGAAAAACUGAACUUCUGUUUAAGAAGUUUGAGCCUGACACUGCUCUGGAAGGUUUCUUGAUGGAAAUAACAGAUGUACUGAGGAAGUAUACUGUCAUGCUGGAGGAAGUUUCCUUCUUCUUCUUAGCUGAUGUUUACAGGUUCAUAAACAAUGAAGCUAUGUUGAUUAACAGAGCACUGUUGGCUAAUCAGAGGGCAGUUGCCAAGCUAUUCGUUAAUCUAAUGAAAACAGAGUUGAAGAAGGAACUAUCAUAUCGAUUGAAAUGGCAAGAUAGAGUCAAGGACUGGAAGCUCAUCCAAAGGAACAAUAUAGUUCACAGGUUCAGAGAAUUUAUGGCAAGCGAAGAAAUACAGAAUCCCCCAACUGUGAAAACAGAAAUGGAAAAUAUGAUAAAGGAUCAGAUUUUACUUAAUGAAAGGAGACUGGAGCUUUUGCAGCACCUUGGGUAUGACAAAAAUACCCACAACGUGCAGUGUAUGAUGAAAAUUCGCAUCCAGUAUGAGAUGGUCCAGCAAAAAUGUUUGGCAGAAAUGCAGCUGUGCAAGAAUAACCUGUUGAAUCUGAAUGUUUGCACAAAAAAGGAGGCUGAAGAAAUUGUGAAUUCUGACUUUCUUCACUUGACUGAGAAACUACAAAGUCAGUUUGAAGAAGAACUGGAGCAUAUGGACAGAGACUUUGAGGAGCUGACUAAACAGAAUGAGCAGAAUUGUGGAGACUUGUACAGCUAUUUUCAGGAGGCCAUGGGUCUCUGGGAUGUCCAUCUACGCAAACUGUCCCAGCAGGAAGGUGAACUUCAGAACUUAGAUGAAAACAACUGGAAACAGGAUCACUCAAUACAGAAGAUGGAAGCUAAUCUGGAUAUAAACGUGGGUAAGAUGAGAACAGCAAACUCUGAAGUAAUGCUGAAGAAAUAUUUGGAGAACGUCCUGUCCUCUUUAGAUGGCAUUAGAGCUAAGUAUGAAACAUACAAUCAAGUUCUAAUGGAUGAAGUAAUGGCUUACCCGGAAGUCAUUUUGCAGGAAUUUAUUUCUUAUAGUACAUCCAUCAGCCAAUAUUUUCAUGUAAAGGAAAUAUUCAAACAGGAUAUGUUCAACAGCAGCGAGGCAGAAAGCUCUGAAAUUGCUUUUGAGACCUUUUCUACUUCUAGUGGAAACACUUACACAGUUCUUGGAGCUGAAGAGGCAGGAAAGACUGACAUCCCGGAGACUUAUUUUACAAGAUAUGAAAAGAAAGAAUCACUUCCUGUGUACCUGAAACACGUAUUUAUCAAAGAAACCAUGUUUGUCGAGCUGAAGAAAUGCAUUCGUCUCUGCUUUUUUGAACACUUGGAGAAGUGGUUUGCACAGUCCUCAUCCAACUCCCAUGUCAUUAUGGCUGCCAAGAAAGAGGAGCUGAAUUCACAGUUUCAGCAGCGUCUUCACUUGCAUCAACAAAGGCAGGAGGAUAUACAGACAAAUAUCUACGAUGUUAGAGCUGCGGAACUGUUGCUUCACAAAGAGCAUCUGCAGUGCCACUGUACAGGGUUGGAGGAAGCACUGGACAAGGAGAAAGCUGAAUUUCACAGAUUUUGGAAGCAGCAAAGUAACAUCAGCAACAACUUACAUUCACGAAUCCGUGACAUGGAAUCUGUGUUCCUCAGCGCUCCUAUGAGUGACAAGUUAGUGGCUCUCAACAGCAGUCUGCACGCAGAGCUACAUAAUCAUUUGGAACAGAUCCAGGUUUCCCUGAGGAGUUACCGCGACUGUUUGGGGGAAGCUUUAGAAAAAUUAAGGGAUUCAAAUGUGGAUUUUCUCAGUGCUUGCAGAUUAUUUUCGGAGGGAGGUAACUUUUCUCCUAAGGAGGUAAAGUCUUUCAGCAGGCGUCUUCAGAGAGAAAGUAAGCGUAUCAACUCUUUUGAACAUUCAAUCCAGAGAGUUCUACUGAAAAAGGAAUCGAGAUGCUUGCAGCAGGCUACUGAAUUCAUCAACCAGUCUCAAACAAAGUUCAAUUAUCUCUUUAUGAGUCGAGUUUUCAUGGAGAAGAUCCAAAAAUUUUUGAAAAAUCUACAAGUGCAAAUCAAAGCAGAGGUGGCAAAGUCCAGUUUGCAGGCAGCGACAUUAAACUCUUAUAUGGAGAAGCUCCAUCAGAAGAUAGAUGCUUGUGCUUAUCCUACUGCAGAUAAAGAAGCUUUGACUUCUGAAGAGUUGUAUGAGUUUGCUAAAGUGGUGUUGAAAGAACUGAAAAAGAGGAGCCAGUAUCUUGACUGCUUGCUCAUAAAAGCAACGCAACCACAUGCUAACGAGGACCUUACCCCUCUUGCAAAGGAUGUUACGUUACAAGGUCCAAUUGCUGCUGACAUUCAAACAAAGUUUCUCAGAGAUGAGAACAAUACGAUGCCUUCAGCAGUCCGGAAGAUCUUCAGACCUAAAUCAGAAGAUAAAUUAUCGCCCGUGUUCAUUACAAGACAAAGUCUCAGGAUAAAGAACUUCCAGAUAUUUGGAGAGAAGCCUCCAGAAUCUGGUACUUUUAAGGGGAUUAUUAUGAAUCUUCUCUGGACGGGUAAUAACAACUUGCUCUGCCUUGCUGAGGAGUUCUACAAAAAAAAGAAAGCUCAAAUCACAAUGCCUGAAGAUUUGCCAAAGACAUUUGAACGUUGUGCAGAAAUGCUCAAACAGAAACUGUUGUCAUACCAAAAUCAGGCAGAUGUUUACUACAAUUCCUGUCUUACAGAAUUUCAAGAUCAAUUGAAAUUGCUUGAGAAGGAGCUCCCUUAUGUCUCCCAGUUGGCAGUGGAUAGUCUUUUAAAAGAACACAAGCAGAAGCUCAGCUAUUCCACUGGUCAGAUUCGACACCGCUUCAAUAAGCAGCUGGAAAACUGGGAGAGUAUGAAGAACUGUGCUGCUGAGUGUGCUCAGAACUUUGUUUCUGCGCUAGCUGCCUUCACUGAAAAGCUGCUUUUGGAAUUAGAUGAAAGUGUCACUAUUGAUGAUGUACAAGUAGCAAAAACUGAAAUACCAAGAGAGAACACAUCCACUGUAAUCCGCCAUGAACAAGCUGGACUUCCUCUAGAAAUCUGUGAAGUUAGACAGUUAAAGGGACGUGGCAGCAGGACUUGGCCAGGAAUACCCAAGACUACUCUUACAGACAAUUCAGACUAUAUUCUUUGCAAAGAAACCGCAUCAGUUAGAACAUCUAAGACUACACUGGGCCAUGUAGCAGCAAUAGAAGCAAGAGAUGCUGCAUAUAAGAAAUACAAAUGUAAACUUGAGCAGCAGUUUGCCCAGAUCAAAGAAGAAAAUACAGCUCAGCUGCGGACAAUUCAGCAUUGGGAAGAUUGGUGGAAACAAUCUGUCCAGAAGAUUAAGCAGCUCUAUACAUGA